AUGAGACGGGUAUAUUUGAUCGCUACUUUCAACGGCCCAGCUCUCUUCUUCUCACUCACACAGCGGUUACUUCACUCGCCAUCCCUUUUCUCUCUUUCCCCACGACGUUCGCCCCCUCCCCCGACGCGCCGCGUUCUACUCGACGCUGCACCCGAGCAGCACGCGAGCAAGGAACUGGCGAGUCAGAAAAGAAGCACACACACACAUAAACACAUACACACGCGCUUGGUCUUGGUUGGAUCGCUGGCAGAGCGUCUGUCGGCCAUGUCCGUCAAGGUUGCCGUGCGAAGUCGCCCCAUGAGUGACCAUGAGCGGAAAGAAAAUGCGGAGGUCAUCAUACGCAUGAACGGCAACGCGGUUGAGCUACGGGGGUCGAUUGACGGGUACGACGCCAAGUUCCUGUACGACUGCGCGCUCUGGUCGACCGGAGAGGUAGUGAACGGCUCCAGCAACGCUGAGGCGUCGCAGGCCUACGUCUACAAGGAGGUUGGAGCGGAGCUGCUGGCGCACAUCGUGACCGGCUACAACGGCUGCAUCUUUGCUUAUGGACAGACGGGAAGCGGAAAGACGUACUGCAUGAUGGGCCGCGACAACGACAAUCCAGGGCUCAUUCCGCGCAUCGCGCAGAGCCUGUUUGAGAAGACCGCCGAGCUACGCGAGCAGAGCAUUGAAGUGUGCGUGGAGACGUCCUACUACGAAAUCUAUAAUGAAAAGGUGCGGUGUCUGCUACGCCCUACGCAGGGCGGCUACGACGACACACGGCUGCGUGUGCGCGAGCAUCCGAAGUAUGGCCCCUUCAUCGAGGGGCUCGCGAAGUUCGUGGUUAGCACGCAGUCCGAGUUUCUGAAUUUGAUGAGUGACGGCAACAAGGUGCGAACCACCGCCUCUACCGCGAUGAAUGCAGCAAGCAGCCGCUCCCACGCUGUCUUCGUCAUCACGCUCACACAGAAGCAGCAGAAGGGCAGCCUCCUCACGCUAAAGACGUCUCGGUUGAAUUUGGUCGACCUCGCCGGCAGCGAGCGGGCGUCUAAAACGCUGGCGACUGGGAAGCUGCUCACGGAAGGCGCCACCAUCAACAAAUCCCUCACGUGUCUCGGCAACGUCAUCAGCGCUCUCGCCGAAGCGGAGGAGUCGGGUAAGAGUCGCUACAUUCCCUACCGCGAUUCAACCCUGACGUGGAUCCUUAAGGACAACCUUGGCGGUAACUCGAAGACCGUGAUGCUCGCCACCAUCAGCCCCUCGUCGCUGCAAUACGAGGAGACGCUGAGCACGCUGCGCUACGCUGAGCGAGCCAAGAAGAUUGUGAACAAGGCGGUCGUGAACGAGUCGAACAACAACGAGGUCAUUGCGGCACUGCAGAAGGAGAUUUUGACCCUCAGGAGCCAACUUGUCAACGCGUCCAUAAAUGAGCGGGAGCAGCUGCUGGAGGAGCUUGAGGCGAGCGAGUCUGUCAAAAAGGAGUUCACCUCCUCCCUGGCGGAGAAGCUGAACGACACCAAAAAGCUGAUGGAGGAGCGCGAGAGGUACAUGUGCCAGCUGGAGCUGAAGCUGAAUGCACAGACGGAGGAAAUCGACAAGUUGCGCAGAGCCAACGAAGAGAAGGAACAGCGCAUCAACGAGCUGCUGCACCGCAUUCAUAACUUAGUCGCUUGCGGCAGCCCGUCGGACAGCGAAAAGGUGGAGCAGAUGCAGGAGCUGGUGGCCGCACUGGAGCAGGAACAAAGCGUGGCCGAGGCACACAUGAGGAAUAAGCAGCAACAGCAGGAGGCCUCUGCCUCACUGGAGAACAACGAGGAAGAAGCUCGCCGACCUUCGCUUGCCGUGGAAGACUCAUUGGUGCGCCUCAGCGCGGCGGUGUCGAAUACCACCGCGACACUGGCGACAGUGCGAACGACAAUGGGAAGUGCUGCAGCCGUCACUGUGAGCGCCGCCACUCAGGAAACUUGCUCCGCAUUGGCCCUCUACGUUGACCCGCACGCCGACAACGUCGACCACGACCUCGUCCUGGAGUCUCCUCACGUGAGCGCCGACGAGGACUUGAUCCUGGAUGAGGAACUGGAGCCUUCGGCGACGGCAGACUCUGACCUCGAGGACGUCCUCACAGAGGACUCCAGUCUUGGACUGCCGCCGAAAAGUCUAGGGGCGAGCCACCUUGUGACUGAGAGUAAGCUUACGGACCCAGACAUCGUGCUAGGCGAGUCAGUAAGUGGGCCGCCCGCUUCCCAGGCUGCCACGAAUGCGUCGGCUGGGGCUCUGGCGCCGGAGUCGUCGGCAGUCCGGGUUAUCGCGUCGGUGGAUCCACACGCUGUUUUAUCGGGAGGAUUGCCGGUGGUAUCUGAGGCUUCGACGUCGCCGCCUCUAAGCGAAGAAGCGGCGCCUGUGUCGUUGAAUAUGCAAGACGUGCUCAUCAGCAAGACCCAUGUGACACUGAAAGACUUCUUCGCCAAGUCCAGCGAGCGGCCCGAGAUCUAUGCCCCGAAUAGCCACCUCGCUCACCUCGUUAUUCCAUCGCAUGCGCUGCCGAACAACCGCUACCUACACGAGCCGUUUCGUGUGACCCAGAUGACCAAGUCGUCGCUCACGAGGCGCAAAAACCCGCGCAUCUGGGAGAUUGACAUGUUUCGUGGUUGCUUCAGUAGCCUCGACACCACCGGCGACAACGCUUCCGACCUACCCAUCGUGAACCUCUUCCGCGUGGAGAAGGACCCGAGUCUGUCGCGACGAUUGACGCUGUACUUCCUCGAUACCCCACAUCCGUACACGCUCGAGUUUGGCUCCACGGCGCGCCGCCAGCAGUUCUUUGAGUUGGCAAUGCUGCUGCGGCGCCACUCCAUUCUCUGGUGCCCCUCUCUCUGCAUCGACGGCGAGAGUGACGUCACUGUCACAGUGAAAGGCACCACAGUGGCGCGGCCCGGCAGCAGAGACGUCUCUGUCAGUGGCGAGGUAACGAUGACGGUGACGCGUAUGCCGUAUGAGGUCAUCGAUAUGUGGUAUGGCUGCUUCUCGCUCGAGGGGAACCAACUGCCGCAUAGCGCAGCGGUGUUCAGUGGUUUCUUCCCAAAGGAGCAGCACGAACUCUACGCCAUCGGUGUCAUUGACGUGCCCGCAUCGCUACUGGAGAGCGAUGAGCUCGCUCGCUACUUUCUGGCCUAUCUCGGUACCUCGACAUACUUUGUUCUCGCCAACACAGCUCUUUCGUCGAAGAAACAUCACACCAACAACAUCAUGCUGGUGCUCUGCAAGCGCUCCUUCAUUCUGCGAGUGGCGAACAUUGAGCUGCUAGAGACCGUGUCGCUGCAGAAAGAAGGCGUGCACCCCGGCGACUUCGCCGCCACGGGAUGCUCGAUGCGGAUCAACGAGUCUUCUCUCGGUCUCAUCCUCGUGAAUGCGAAGCCUGGCGCAUACACGCCGCAGACCCGGGCGGCGUGCAUCCGCUCACUGCUGUCAGGCUUUCCCUUCGGAGACCCAUCGGUGGACGUUUCAAUGAGGUUGGAUUACUAUGUCGUGUCCGGUGCCUUCCACUUCGGCGGCGACUUCAGCUCCGAGGACGCGCUCAUUCGGGAAAUCCUCGCCGACAACCUCAUGUCCAACAUGCGGGAGAUGGAGCCCAGUCCGACCCUCUGCAGCGCGGCGUCGCCUCUUCGCGUGUUUUACGCUGUCCGGCCCAGCGUGUCGCGCAUGGACAUGUCUGUCUACUCGACGUCGCGCGCGCUCAGGUUCGCUAAUGCAUUCUUCUGCGCCGACAUCUUUUGCCAACGCUCUUUUCUAAGCUUGUUUGGCGCCAGCGUGCCACGCGUCCAGCUGCUGCUGAAUCGCGUAACGAUCAACGGCACGCGGCUCCCGCUCCUCAGGGAUGCAGAGCUACAGGUGUCACUGGAUAUCUUGGAGGGCUCCCCGACCACGUUCCGGCUUUCCCAGCGGGAUGGCGACUACGUUAUCGCAACCUCCAUGGACACCGUCCUUUACCCGUGUGUCAGCAACACAGAGUACCUCCGACUGCAGACGGCGACGUUCUCUGUGCAAGGCAGUAUUGGGCCGGUCGAAGCGCCCAAGCGUACUGUGGUGGCUUCCGGCGUCUUUCCGCUGAAGUCGGUGUCCCUGGCUGACCCGGCGCUACUGAACAUCCCACUCUACUACCAGGGGUGCACUGUUGGCAAGCUCACCGCGGUACUGCUUCAGAUCUAUUGCGAGUGCAACAACGCCGAGCUGAGCGCCCUCGGCAUACGUGACGCGCGGUAUGCGACCAUUUUAUCGUGCUACGAGAACGAAGUCCGUUGCACCAAUGGUCAAUGGUCUCCGGCCUCUCUCAUCGAUGACGGGGUAUUUCACUUUUCCGCUGACGACCCGACCAAGGCGCAGGACCGUGAGGCGUAUGCUCUCCCGGACCCGCAUGACUGGCGUUGGAUGAUAGCGUGGCAGCACGACCACCGUGAGGACGAUCAACAUGGAUGGGUUUAUGCAGACGGCAUCGAGGCGGACCUGCAGCUGAGCGCCACCGUCUCCACGAACAUCCGUCGUCGUCGAUGGGUUCGCGUCAUGCAGGCAAGCGGGCCCAUGGUCUAUCACACGUACUUGUCUGAGAAACUUAGGACGGUAGCAGUGUGA